AUGUCAUUAUCGUUUAAAGACAAGGUUGUAAUUAUCACCGGUGCCGGUGGUGGUUUAGGUAAACAUUAUGCCUUGGAAUUUGCACUGAGGGGUGCUAAAGUGGUUGUAAACGAUUUGGGUGGGACUCUUGCAGGCCAAGGUGGGUCCCUGAAAGCAGCAGAUGUUGUUGUUGAUGAAAUCAAGAAAGCCGGAGGAGUUGCUGUGGCUGACUAUAAUAACGUUUUAGAUGGUGAUAAAAUCGUUGAAACAGCUGUUAAGAACUUUGGUACAGUCCAUAUUGUUAUCAAUAAUGCUGGGAUCUUGAGAGAUGCUCAAUUUAAAAAAAUGGAUCCUAAAGAUUUCAAUUUGGUCAUUGAUGUUCAUUUGAAUGGUGCUUAUAAAGUCACCAAAGCUGCUUGGCCCUAUUUCAAAAAACAAGGUUAUGGUAGAAUUGUAAACACUUCUUCCCCCGCUGGAUUAUAUGGUAAUUUCGGUCAAGCCAACUAUUCUGCUGCCAAAUUGGGUUUAGUUGGUUUUGCUGAAACCUUAGCUAAGGAAGGUGAUUCUAGUAACAUUAAGGCGAAUGUCAUUGCUCCAUUGGCUAGAUCAAGAAUGACUGAAAAUAUCUUACCUCCAGACAUUUUGGAGCAAUUGGGACCUGAUAAAGUGGCUCCUUUGGUCUUGUACUUGGCUCACGAUGAGAAUGCCUAUAACGGUUCUAUUUUCGAAGUUGCUGCCGGAUUUUACUCUCAAAUUAGAUGGGAAAGAUCUGGUGGUGCUUUAUUCAAGACUGACCUGACCUUUAAUGCUGAAUUGGUUGCUCAAAGAUUUGAUGAAAUUGUCAACUUUGAUGAUUCAAAGAAACCGGAAUUAUUAAAGAACCAGCAUCCAAUCAUGGUCAAUGAUUACACUUCAUUGGUUUCUGCUGCUAAGGAAUUGCCUUCUCCUUCAAAUGCACCAUCUUUGAACCCUGAAUUGUUGAAGGGUAAGGUUGCUUUGAUCACCGGUGCUGGUGCCGGUUUAGGUAGAGACUAUGCCUUGUGGUUUGCUCGUUAUGGUGCAAAGGUUGUGGUCAAUGACUUUAAAGAUGCCAGUGCUGUUGUAGCUGAGAUCAAAAAGGCUGGUGGUGAAGCCCAUGCUGAUCAACACAAUGUUGCUACCCAAGCUCAAGAGAUUAUCGACAAUGUCAUUGGCAAGUAUGGUACCAUUGAUAUCUUGGUUAAUAAUGCUGGUAUCUUGAGAGACAAGUCUUUUGCUAAGAUGACCGAUGAACAAUGGGAUGCUGUUCAAAAGGUCCAUUUGGGUGCCACUUAUAACUUGACCAGAUUGGCAUGGCCAUUCUUUUUGGAAAAGAAGUUUGGUAGAGUCAUCAAUGUCACUUCUACUUCUGGUAUCUAUGGUAACUUUGGUCAGGCCAACUAUGCUUCGGCUAAAGCAGCCAUUUUGGGUUUCUCUAGAACCAUUGCUAUUGAAGGUGCUAAGCACAAUGUUAAGGUUAAUGUCGUUGCUCCUCAUGCUGAAACUGCCAUGACUUUAACCAUCUUUAGAGAAGAAGAUAAGAACUUAUACUCUCCAGAUUACGUUGCUCCGCUCUUGAUUGUGUUGGCUUCUGACGAUGUUCCAGUCACAGGUGAAUUGUUUGAAGUUGGUGGUGGUUGGAUCGGGAACACCAGAUGGCAAAGAGCAAAGGGUGCUGUAUCGAAGGAACCCACUCCAGAGUUUGUCAGAGACCAUAUUGCUGACAUCAGUGAUUUCACAACGGGCACUGCCAACCCCAAGUCCACCACUGAAUCUUCCAUGGCCAUUUUAGCUGCUGUCGGAAGUGAUGAUGACGAAGAUGAAGAUGAUGACGACGAAGAUGACGAAGAUGAAGAUGAUGACGACGAAGAUGACGAAGAUGAAGGUAACCCCGUCUGGGACUAUAAUGAUAGAGAUGUUAUCUUGUAUAACAUUGCCUUGGGUGCUAAGAGAACUGAAUUGAAGUAUGUCUAUGAAAAUGAUCAAGACUUCCAAGUGAUUCCAACUUUCGGACACUUGGCUACCUUUAACUCCACUGCUUCUCAAUUGUCCUUUGCUAAACACUUGAAGAACUUCAACCCUAUGUUGUUGUUGCACGGUGAACAUUACAUCAAGAUCAACCAAUGGCCUAUUCCAACUGAAGCCAGUGUCACUACUGAAUUUGCACCUUUGGCCAUCACCCAAAAGGGUACCAACACCAUUGUUGUCCAUGGAUCUGAAACCAAGGAUGCUUCUGGUCAACCAUUGUUCACCAAUGAAGCCACCUUCUUUAUCAGAAAGUGUGAAGGGAAGAACCAAAAGUUUGCUGAACGUAAAUCCUUUGCUACUCAAGCCUUUAAUGCUCCUAGUUCAUCUCCAGACUUUGAGACCGAUGUUAAGAUCUCUCCAGACUUGGCUUCCUUGUACAGAUUGACUGGUGAUAGAAACCCUCUUCAUAUCGACCCAGCUUUUGCUUCCGGUGCUGGUUUCAAAGACCCUAUCUUGCACGGUAUGUGUACCUAUGGGUUGAGUGCCAAGGUCUUAAUGGACAAGUUUGGUCCAUUUGAUGAGAUCAAAGCAAGAUUCACAGGCAUUGUUUUCCCUGGUGAAACCUUGAAGGUUAAGGCUUGGAAGAAUGGUGAUGUGGUCACUUUCCAAACCCAUGUUGUUGAAAGGGGUACCAUUGCUAUCAAUAAUGCUGCCAUUAAGUUGUUGUCCAAUAAGGCCAACCUUUGA